GUGAUAUCUCACUUCUUGAACACUCCCCCUUCGGAACACUUCUAGGACUGGUUCAAAAUUCGAACAUGUCUCGCCUUUCGGUACUCAGCGGUUUAAGGCGUAGUAUCCUUCGCUCCGCCAAGAACCCGAACUACAUCCUGCGUUGUCUGUCCGACAAUGCAGAUACUACCUCUACUCCACAUCCCUCGGAGGAAACCCAAAGUAAUCUGAAGAAGUUCGAGAGGGCAGAGCCAGUGGAACACACAAGUCACAUGUUUGUAUUGCCGAAUGUGAAGGACAGGAACAUCCAUUAUGAAGAGCUUAAACAGGAAUCCGACGAUGAUAUUACUGCCACUUGGGGCUGGAAAAACAACGAACUGGACGUGGAGCAGUUGGCGGGAAUGCCCGGACCCUCUGAGGUGGAGGAUCCGUAUAUGAAGAUUGAGGAGGGACCCGAGGACGACGGUUCCGGAAUCCAGGAGGAAUUGCAGUUCGAAAAGAUGCGCUCCCGGCGGGAGAAGCUGACUAAGGAUCUGCACUCUCAAGAACCCUUUGCCAGCUUUGAACGAAACUCUCUCACCUCCGUGCGGAAAAAUGUGGACUUUAUGAUGCAGGAACUUAGUCAGAUUUCCCUGCUCUUAAAUACACUCUACCCAGAGGAAUCCGCUUUGGUUGGCAAUAGCAUGGACCAGGCAGAGAGUACCAUGGGUAAGAUUUACUCAGGACCCGAAAUGGCUUCUUGGGCAUUUAACCAAGAUAAAGCGAAGAACCUGGAUCAUGAGGAGGAAUCAAAUCAGCCUGCGGCCUCUGAGCUAACCAGUUCGAUGUCCGAUCAAUCCGGAUUGAAAGAAGUGGAGAACUAUACAGCUUCUGGGCCUGAUGACUUGGAGCCAGUAACCGCUGAGCUGCCACACGAAGCUGAGGAAAUCGAUCAGAUUUUAAAUGCUGGCGAUAACCAGGAAUCCAGUCCCUCGAAAACCACAGAGAACAACCCACAGACGCAUGACAAACAGCCCAAAGAACACAUACACACUUACAGACCCUUCAGGACUAUCGAAGUGCCGGUCAAUCAGCCCAAGAGUGAUCUGUGCUUGGAGUCAAAUGAAGAGCUGCCUUUUAGCCAGGAAGACCUAUCAAUCACCGAGCACUUGGACAACACGGGCUAUACGGUUUCAGCCCAGCUCACGGAACCCGAGUCCCGGCUCCUGAUGCGCAUGGCUCUGAAGCAGGCUUUGAACGACCUGGAGUCCGGCAAAAGCAAAUACAAAGCCACCAUUCUAGAGGCCGAAACUGAGUAAUAUAAGGAAACACCCAAGAAACAUAAAUAAACGCAUAUGUAUAGUUAAUGCUAA